ACUGUCUCCGUAAUUGCCACAUUAGGCUUGGAUUGUUACCAUGCGGCAUCUGAUUUUUCUGACCCUUAUAUCGUUGGUUUUGGUUUUAGCCAAGCCGGCAACGGAGGCACCACGUCUGCUCAUCGACUCGGCUCCAUCGGUGGUCUCCUACCAGGGUUCAUCGCAGACUCAGACGCGAUUCGUCAUUGCGCCCAUGGGCAGGGCUCUGGGCUAUGUGGAGCCCACAAAUCUAAAUAGGACUUUUCACACAAAGGCCACCCAGGAGGGCGGCAGUACGGGCUACGAACUGCUUAAUCUAAGUCCGGUCUAUGUGCCCGGCAGUUAG